ACGAUGUGUCGGCCAGUGAGAGCGGAGCGCUGUGGUAGAGGUUGUUUAUGUGGAGUGCUGGGUUAGGGUUCCGCCCACCGAGGUAUCUCUGAUCGCAGGGCAGACAGGCAGAGAGUGUAAAAUGGCGCACAGCUGUCGGUGGCGGUUCCCCGCUCGGCCCGGAGGGAGCAGCAACUCCGGUACCGGGAGGAGAGCGGGCCGAAUCAGGGUUACUGCCUCUCUGCGGAGUGUCUCGGGAGCCCACCCCAAUGCUGCUGGGCUCGGACCCGGGUUUGAUGCUGCACUACAGGUCUCUUCGGUUAUCGGGAACAACCUGCAGAAAUUUCGGGAUGUUUUGGGGGAAUCGAGUGACUCGAGCAGCGGGGAGGAAGAAGCAUUUGUAGGAUUUGGAACGGUUGGGGAGCAGAAAAGAAUACAGAGCCCUUCAACAAUCUCUUCAGUGGGCCCACCCAUACAGGAGAAGAAACCCAGAGGCCGUCCCCCACGGGCCCUGACUGCGCAGAAAGCUGCUGCAAGUUUACCUUCCCCCUCCUCCCAUCCCUCCCCCACACAGGCGAAACCUGAGGGCCCUGAAAAGCCAGCUGAGAAGGUGAAAAGGCUGCCUGGGAGGCCACCUGGCACCGGGGAAAAGAGAAGAGGUCGACCCCCGUCUUCUAUUAGCAAGAAAGCUUGGAGUACAGGCAGCCAUGCAGCAGGGGAGGACAGUAGGCAGGGUGGGUCUGAGUUGGGUAUGGACACAGAGGAGGAAAAAGACAGAAAGAGCACCAAGAGAACGCCACUUGGCUCUGCUCAGCCACAUGACACUGAGGCAAAACUUCCCAAAGGUGUGCGGGGUGAAUCCAAAGUUACCAACCUGAAGAGGCUGAAAGCGACUAAACUCACCCCUCUCAAGUCACGGCUCAAGACUUUGCCUGGUGUACCCCGACGCAGACGUGGGCGACCGCCAUCAGCUGAGCGACUCAAAGCUGAGGCGGCGGCAGCUGCUGCUGCUGCUGCUGCUGCUGCUGCUGCACAGCUGUCUACCUCCAUUGAAUGUGGGGAAGGGAAACAUAAGGUCUUUAGGGUCAGAGGGGGAGAUAGAGGCACAGAACCACACACUCCUCAGCAGCCCAUGCUGAGGAAUGUGGAUGGUGCUGAGGACCAGGACUCUUCUAAUCCCUCUGCCUCCCCAUCUCCCUCAAAGCCAGGCAAAACAGUGGGCCUCAGAAAAAGCCCUCGCCAUAGAAAGCCUGUCAGAAUUGUCCCCUCUUCUAAACGCACUGAUGCAACCAUUGCUAAACAGCUGCUGCAGCGUGCUAAGAAGGGAGCUCAGAAGCGACUGGAGAAAGAAGCUGUAGCCAUCGGGGGUAGUGGGGCAGGAACGAUUGAAGCUGGCAUCAGGAAGACCCAACUGAAGAACAUCAGGCAGUUUAUCAUGCCUGUGGUCAGCACUGUCUCCCUUCGCAUCAUCAAAACCCCCAAGAGGUUCAUUGAAGAUGAGGGCAGCUUUGGAACCCCGCCACCCCAUAUGAAGAUGGCACGGUUAGAAACAACCCCCUCAUCUGUCUCCACAUCUACCCAACCAACCUCCACCACCUCCUCUUCCCCCUCUCCUGUACUGGUCUCCUCUACAUCUGCUGUUACUAGCACUGGAACCACUGCUCCAAUUGACUCUCCCCCUCCUCCACCUCCUGCCCCCAUCCCCAGUGUUCCAUCAACAGCUACCAAUCUACUCAACAGCAACAGCAACACCAACAACGCCGCCAAUGGGCGAUUUAGCAGUAGCGCGGCAUCUUGCGGCUCAAGCGCUGUGUCACAGCAUUCCUCCCAGCUCUCCUCUGCAGAGUCUUCCAGGUCCAGCAGCCCCAGCUUGGAUGACUCAUCAUGCGACUCCCAGGCUUCUGAGGCCACACAGGCUUUGUCAGAGCCAGAGGAUCACUCUCCGUCCUCGCAGGGAGAGAGGGAGGCCAACCUGUUACACAGCUCACGGCCUCCUUCUCCUCCCUCUGAGCCAGAGCAUGUGUUGGCAGAGAGGAGUCGACGAGGCCGGAGAGGACAGGGGGUCAGCCGAGGAAGUCAGAGCCAGAGGGUGAGAGAGACUCUCACCACUGGGGCUAAAAAGCCUAUCAUCAGCCCACCAACAGGAGUGCUGAUGUCCUCCUCUGCACUUGUAAAUUCCCAACAAGCUUCAUCCACAGCCUCCUCCUCUUCUUCACCUCCACCUCCCCCUCUCCUCACCCCUCCACAGCCUCCCCAGUCAGCUUCCUCCAAUACAGCUGCUAUCAGCGAACAUCACUCGCAGUCACCCUGGAUGUCUCACCCCAUCCCUCCAUUCCUGUCUGGACCGUCAGUUCUGUCCAGCUUGUCAGACAAACGAAGCCGCUCAAUUCUGAGAGAGCCCACCUUCCGCUGGACAUCCCUGUCCCACCCUGAACAGCAGUACUUUUCCUCUGCUAAAUAUGCCAAGGAGGGCCUCAUCCGCAAACCCAUAUUUGACAACUUUCGUCCUCCCCCUCUCACAGCUGAAGAUGUGGGGCUGUUGCCCCAAGGUGUUAGUGGAGCAGGGGGAGUUGCUCCGUUUCCUGCUCCAAGCAGCGGAGCAGGAACAGGGACUCGUCUAUUUGCCCCUCUUCACCCACACACCCACCACCAACAUACAUCUUCAUCCCGCUUUGAUGCACCACUCCAGAAGCGCAGCCCGUUGCUUCGUGCUCCACGCUUUACACCCAGCGAGGCCCACUCUCGGAUAUUUGAAUCUGUUACCCUGCAGUCAUCUUCUGGAAGCAGCCCUGGCUCUCUCUCCCCGCACCAGACGUCCUCUAGCUCCAGCAGAACCUCGCGGCGCAGGAGACGGCUGGUCCCGGGAACACCACGUGGUCAUCCACGGUCUCCUUCCCACUCAAUGACCAGACGCAGCAGCCAAAUAGGAGGCCAGAUGUCUGUGGGGAAAGGCUCCUCUGAAAUGUCUGUGCUGACAGGCUCUGUCUCAAGUAGUAACCCCAGCUCUUUGCCCGGGGUUUCUGCAAGUCCACUAGCCACUAGUGCCUUAACUGCUGCUCCUUUCAGCACCUUCUCCACUGUAUCACUGGGUCUGGUCUCACAAGGGACACCUGAUAGCAGGAGAGGGGCUGCUGGAAACCCACCUCCUUUGUCAACUACAUCAUCCUCUUCUUCCCCACUUUUCCCUCUCUUUCCUUCCAGUGCCCAGGACACGGGGAGAGGAGCUGGGAAAGGAGGCAAAGAAAAAAGCUUGUUAGCUCCCCAGGAAUCUGCUCCAAAGGAAAAAGAAAGGGAUUCUGAGAAAAACAGAGAGAAAGAGAAGGAGAAUAAGAGGGAAGGGAGGAAGGAUUUGGAGAAAAGAAGUAAGGUUUCUACACCAGAUGGCUCCCCCAAUGCACCUUCCAGUCUGUUUACUGCGGAUGGGAGGGACUCAGAAGAUGCUCUUUUAUCUCUUGCUCCAAAAAAGACUCCAGGGAGAAAAAAAUCAACGUCAGUUGACAUGGUUUCUGACACUGCUUCCUCAGAGGUGCGUGGGCUCCAUUCUACUGUUCCCAUGUCCAUUGCUAAGGGGCGUCUAUCUAAGAAAGGCAGACCCUCUGAGAAAGGAGCAGAGAUGGAGGAUGGGGAAAAGGAGAAAGAGAAACAAAGUGCUCCUAGCCAGCAGACAACAAACCUUCCAGGGCAGCCAGGCAGGCAACAGCUCCCUGUCUCCUCUCUUGGAUCAAUGUUGGCACAAGCAGAGAAACAGCCUGUGACUGACAAGCGGGUAGUUGGACUACUUAAAAAGGCCAAAGCCCAGCUCUUCGAGAUCAAGAAAAGUAAGCUGAAGCCUGCAGACCAGACCAAGGUCCAGGGUCAAGAGAGUGACUCGUCAGAGACCUCAGUCCGCGGUCCACGCAUCAAGCAUGUUUGUCGUCGUGCAGCUGUGGCUCUUGGCCGUAAUAGGGCAGUGUUCCCCGACGACAUGCCCACACUUAGUGCCUUGCCCUGGGAGGAGAGAGAGAAGAUCCUAUCUUCCAUGGGGAAUGAUGACAAGUCAUCAGUAGCAGGCUCCGAGGAGGCAGAGCCUCAGUCCCCUCCUAUAAAGCCACGGGAGACACGGCAAAAGGCUGUUCAAGAAGCUCCUCCCAAGAAGGGGCGUCGGUCGCGACGCUGUGGCCAGUGUUCAGGCUGCCAAGUUCCAGAAGAUUGUGGUGUCUGUACCAACUGUCUUGACAAGCCUAAAUUUGGAGGACGAAACAUUAAAAAGCAAUGCUGCAAGAUGAGGAAGUGUCAGAACUUGCAGUGGAUGCCCUCAAAGAUGUUUCUUCAGAAGCAAGGCAAAGGCAAGAAAGACAAGAAAAAGAAGUUGUCUGAAAAGAAGGAGGGUCUCAAUCCGGUAAAAGGACCGAUCUCAGAGUCUGGCCCUAAACCCACUCCUGCACCACCAAAGGAGGAGCCUCCCCGCAAAAAGAGCGAAACUCCUCCGCUCAAGUUGGGAGAGGAGAAGUCAAGACAGCAGCCGCCGUCAAAGCAAUCAUCUCCAGCCCUCGCAUCUUCCCCUGCCUCAGUCGAACCCCCUCAGGUCCCCAGCACAGUCACAGCCCAGACUCAGUCUCCAGCCCUGACACCAGACACCAAACAGCUCUCCGUCAUGAGCAGUGUCACCAGUAAGAAGGGACAGAAACCACAGCAGUCUGUACCAACAUCCUCCUCCUCCUCCUCCUCGUCAUCCUCCUCCUCCACUUCAUCAUCCUCUUCGUCCUCGUCAUCUUCCUCCCCAUCAUCUUCAGCCCAGAAUUCCCCCUCCCAGUCUACACAGUCUCAUCAACCAUCACAACAGCAGCAACGGCCUCUUACGAGUCAGGCACCUUCAAAAAAAGAUGCUUCACCCAAGAUUCCUCUGAGCGAGCUCAAGAAGAAGCCCCAGCAGCACUCAUCGCAACAGCAUAGCUCAACAACAACAAUUUCAGAUACAGCUGAAUCAAAACAGUUGAAGAAGUCAACUUCUCGCUCUGUUCCUCCAUCUCCUAAACAGAGACCAAAAGACAAGAAGCCGCUGACCGCUAAACCCCCCAGCAGCAGUACUUUAAACUGGCUGAGCACUCCCUCGACUAGGGGCCAGGUGAAGUCCAGAGCGCCCUGCGACGGAGUGCAUCGUAUCAGAGUGGAUUUCAAGAGGGACCAUGAUGUUGAGAAGGUGUGGGAGGCUGGCGGCCUCAGCCUGCUCACCUCUGUGCCUGUCACACCCAGGGUGCUCUGCUUCUUAUGUGCAAGCAGUGGAAAUGUUGAGUUCGUCUUCUGCCAGGUGUGCUGUGAACCGUUCCAUCUCUUUUGCCUGGGAGAAUCAGAGCGCCCUCUCCAGGAGCAGUUUGAGAACUGGUGUUGUCGACGAUGUAGAUUCUGCCAGGCCUGUGGACGCCAGCACCAGAAAACUAAACAGCAGCUGCUAGAGUGCGAUAAGUGCCGCAACAGCUAUCACCCGGAGUGCCUGGGUCCCAACCAUCCUACCAGACCCACCAAGAAGAAGAGAGUCUGGGUUUGCACCAAGUGUGUGCGCUGUAAGAGUUGUGGAGCCACGAAACCUGGGAAGUCCUGGGAUGCCCAAUGGUCACAUGACUUCUCCAUGUGUCACGACUGUGCCAAACUCUUUGCUAAAGGAAACUUCUGCCCACUGUGUGAUAAGUGCUAUGAUGAUGAUGACUAUGACAGUAAGAUGAUGGAGUGUGGCCGUUGCAACCACUGGGUUCACGCCAAGUGUGAGAAUCUGACAGAUGAAAUGUACGAGUUGCUAUCGAAGCUGCCAGAGAGUGUUGCCUACACGUGUACCAAAUGUACUGAACGCCAUCCGGCCGAGUGGAGGACAGCGCUGGAGAGGGAGCUUCAGGGCUGUGUUCGUCAUGUCCUCACUGCACUGCUCAAUUCACGCACAUCCUCACACCUGUUACGCUACAGACAGGCGGUGAAGCCUCCAGAGCUGAACCCAGAGACAGAGGAGAGUCUUCCAUCCCGUCGUUCCCCGGAGGGCCCCGAUCCCCCAGUCCUGACAGAAGUUACCCCCACACCUCCCAGUGACUCCCCUCCAGACCUGGAGUCUGUUGAGAAAAGGAUGGAUCAAGGCCACUACAAUUCAGUGCUGGAGUUCAGCGAUGACAUCGUGCGAAUCAUUCAGACAGCUAUCAACAGUGAUGGUGGCCAGCCUGAGAGCAGGAAAGCCAACAGCAUGGUCAAGUCUUUCUUCAUUCGGCAAAUGGACCGAAUCUUCCCAUGGUUCAAAGUGAAAGAGUCCAGGUUCUGGGAAAGGCAAAAUGUCUCUGCCAACAGUGGGCUCCUCCCGAAUGCUGUGCUGCCUCCAUCUCUGGACCACAACUACGCCCAGUGGCAGGAGAGACAGGAACUUUCCCGCGCUGAACACCCCCAUCUUAUGAAAAAAAUCAUCCCAGCUCCCCGGCCCAAGACCCCUGGUGAACCAGAUUCUCCAGCCUCCCCUCCUCCUCUCCCUCCAUCUCUACCCCCACCACCCCCACUCCUACCUGAUCGCGAAGACAGCCCAGAGCUCCCUCCCCCGCCAGGCGUUAGUGAUAACAGGCAAUGUGUUCUGUGUCUAAAGUAUGGAGACGAGAACACUAAUGAGGGUGGCAGGCUCUUGUACAUCGGUCAGAAUGAGUGGACCCAUGUGAACUGUGCCCUUUGGUCUGCUGAGGUGUUUGAGGACGACGACGGCUCUCUGAAGAAUGUUCACAUGGCUGUCCUCAGGGGAAAACAGCUGCGCUGUGAGAAGUGUCAAAAGCCAGGGGCCACAGUUGGCUGCUGCCUCACCUCUUGCACCAGUAACUACCACUUCAUGUGCGCCCGCCAGUGCCACUGCGUCUUCCUGGAGGACAAGAAAGUCUAUUGUCCAAAGCACAGGGACCUCAUCAAGGGAGAAAUGGUGUCUGGGUUUGAGGUGACCCGCAGGAUCUUGGUGGACCUGGAGGGCAUUAGUCUCAGGAGGAAGUGGCUGGCAGGACUGGAGCCUGAAAAUGUCCACAUGAUGAUAGGCUCCAUGACCAUUGAUUGUUUGGGGAUACUGACUGAACUCUCAGACUGCAAACGCAAACUCUUCCCUGUAGGAUACCAGUGUUCAAGAGUGUACUGGAGUACUUUAGAUGCUCGAAAGCGCUGUGUGUAUACCUGUAGGAUCCUAGUUUGUCACCCUCCAGUGGUUGAGUCUGACCAAAAAAACAUGAUGGCUCCUGAGGAGAAUCGCACGAUAGCACACAGCCCACCUCCCAUAGCAGACUUUCCUGAUCCAUUUGAAUCCCCAAGGCGCUCUGACACCCUUUCCCCCGCUAACACCCCCAAGCUCAGGGUUUACACCAGGAACCGACACCCAAGCUACCCCCCCUGUCAGCGCUCACUAGGCCCCAGGCCCAUGCCCUCACCAGGAGGUACCUCUCAGCCACAAAGCCAUGAGAUUGUGACAGUAGGAGACUCACUGGUGAACCCCGGCAUGCGGAAUAUUGACUCACGUCGCCACAGCUCCCCUUCUCUCUCUCCUCCUCCCCACCAGCUGAACAGACAGAGAGGUGUGACCUCCCCACCUCAGAUUUUUUCACGACCCCUUACCUCACCCCCUCCCCUCAUCCCCUCCCCUGCCAGAGACCCAGAAAAGUCCAAACACUUAAGCAAAGACUCAGCAAAGAGUCCAGUCCAGAGAGAUGAUGAAAGAGGUAGACUGUUCUCCACAGACAGAAACAGACAACAACCAUCCAGAGACCAAGGGUUGAGAGAUGCAGACAAGGGGAGAGUGUCAAGUCAAGACCAAGCUUGUAAGGAUUCUGAAAAGAAUAGAUCAUCCAGAGAACUUGGGCAAAAAGACUCUGACAAGGGUGAAAUACCAGCCAAAGAGCCAGAAAAGAGGAGACCAUUGAGUAAAGACUCAGGUCUGAAAGAAUCUGAGAGGGGAAGACCUCUCAGUAGAGAUCCCAUUAGAGAUUCAGAAAAGGGGAGACAAGUAAACAGAGACUCUGAUAAGGGGAGACAGGCAAGCAGAGAGUCAAGCAAUAGAGAAACAGAUAAGAGCAAAUCAUCCUCCAGAGAUCCCAGUUAUAAGGAUAUGGAAAAAGCUAGGUCACUCAGUAGAGAUGCAGGGCUAAGGGACUCUGAGAAGCAUAGACAAUAUAGCAGGGAAACAGGAAAAGACUCAGGCCAAGGUAAAGACAGACUGUCUAGUAGAGACUCUGAGAAGGGUAGACCUCCCUCUAGAGAUUCCAGUUAUAGAAGCACAGAGAAAAACAAAGACUCUGGCUCAGGGAAAGAUGGUAACCCUGGGAGUCAGUCCAAACAGGCUGGAGGUGAGAGUAAGAGCCCCAGACUGGCACCUGUAGGCUCAGGCCAGUCUUCCCCUCCUGUGGGCACUGCUGUUCUUACAGGUCAGCAGAGAGGUGGCAGCGCCAAGCAGGCAGACAAGCAAGGGAAACAUGGAGGCAAAGACCAGGAUGUUUCUGCAAGCCUCAGUUUGUUGCCUCGUCACUGGUCCACCCCCACCUCUAACAUCACCCAGUCUAAGGACAAGCCCAGCUCAGGGAAGGACAGUAGUAGUGGCACUGGAAAUUUAAUGCCAGCUUCACUCCAUAAGGACUCUGUUGGGAAAUCUGGCUCCCCACAGUCUUCAUUUCAGAAGUCCAACGCACGGAAAUCAAAUGAUUACUCAUCAGGUCCAGCCACAGCAGCAGCUAUGAAGCCUCUGUGGCCGCAAAGGACACCAGCAGAAGAUGAUGUCAAGCGAGGCUCCAUGCACCUGGCCUCCCAAGCUGCAGCCUCAGCUGCCAAAGACAAACACCCCAAAGUAAAGACGGCAGGCAGCAGAGAGGUGUCCAAAGACCGUGAAAGAGAUAAGAGUGUCCAAAACAGCAACAGCAGCAACAAAAUUCAACUUCUCAACAAUAAUACGAAAGCUACUGGCAGCUCCAACACACAUGCUAUGAACCCCAGCUCUCACAACAGCAGCAAUAGCAAAGCUCCAGUGCUUGGAAACAGCACCAAAGCCCAUGGGAAGGCUCAGGGGGAGAAGCUUGAGAACCAGGGAGGGGACAGGUCAUCCUCAAAGAGCAGAGAAAAUUACUCCUGUACUGAGAGGAAAAACAGCUCCAGUCUGGACAACUUACAGCAGAUGCAGCAGGGUGGUUUAGCUACAGAGAAAGGAGUGAAGACCUCUUCCCAGUCUCACACCAAACCAACAACUAACCAGCCGCUGUUGUCCUCUAGAGAGAAAAAGAGAUCAGUUAAACCCCCUGCUGCAACUCCACUGAAGACUGAUAUCAAGACUGACCCUAACGGGACCAGCACUGUUGGUGGUAUUUCUUCCUCCUGUCCCACGACCACUACCUCCACCGUCUCUCCUGCCGGCCAGGGGACCCGUCGCUCUGCCCGCUCUGCUCUCUUCUCCUCACCCUCUGCCAGCAGCAGUGACAGCUCUGAAUCUGACACCCAGACUCAGACAGAGGAAGAUGAUUUGCGCAAGGAGCACUCACGCAUUGAGCUCCGAGACCACCACAGCCUCCUUACUCAAGGCACUGAGGAUGAGGGCGAUGGCCCAGAAGAUGACCACGACAGAGGUAUGGAUGAUAAACAUCACGAGGAUGACAGUGACGGAUCAGGGUCGGCCAAGCGGCGCUACCCUCGACGCAGUGCCCGUGCGCGCUCCAACAUGUUUUUUGGCCUCACACCUUUCUAUGGGGUUCGCUCGUAUGGUGAAGAGGACCUUCCCUUCUAUGGCAGCGGGGAUGGAGCCGGGGCUGUGGUAAAGAGGAGGUCUGGUGGCCGCAAGAAGUCAGCUGAGGGGCAGGUGGAUGGAGCAGAUGAUAUGAGCACCUCCUCUUCGUCAGGGGACAGUGGAGAGGAUGAAGACAACGGAAUGAAACAGAGGGGUAAAAACCCUUACUACUACAACUUUACCCGAACAAUAAUUAACCCUGGUGAGGGCCUACCAUCUAUAGAAGGGAUAGACCAGUGUCUGGGAAGGGGAUCCCAGCUUCAGCGCUUUCUAAAAGACGAGGAGCAGCAACAACAGAGGGCUCAAGGAAAAACUGAAGAGGACAUGCUGAGUGCGUUGACCUUAGGCAAGCAACGUAUUGGCCAGCUCGAUGGAGUUGAUGAUGGCUCGGAGAGCGAUACCAGCAUCUGCACCACCAGCACCACAACCACUACAGCCACCUCCUCUUCCACUCCACAUAAGAGCACUCCUAAGAGAAGGGGCAGAGAAAGGCACACUGAGAAACCUGACACCCAUGACUUGAGCAAAGAGGCUGAUAGCAGUGGCGGAGCAGUGAGCGGCAACACGCGCGAAGGCAGAAAGAACCAGAAAGAAAACUGUCUUCCUCUAGGAGGCGGGGUCAAGUCCCAGCCGCAGAGUCAGGGUCAGGAUCCCCUCGAGGCCCAACUGUCCCUCAGCACAGACCUGCUUAAAUCAGACUCCGACAACAACAACAGUGAUGACUGUGGUAACAUUUUGCCAUCAGACAUUAUGGAGUUUGUCCUCAACACACCUUCCAUGUCAAUGCAGGCUCUGGGUCAGCAGUCUGAGCCGUCCUCCUCAGAGCUGCUGCUGGAUGAGGGCUAUGUUGGAGUAGAUGUCAACCGGCGCAAAGACAUUCUGUUUGAUGAUUUUUCCCAGCCGCUGCCCAGUGCUGAGAGUAGAGGUGUAGUGGAGAGUAGUGUGAGUAGCUCCAUAUCUGUAGAGGAGCCAUAUCUUCCUCUGGAGCUGCCGUCUGACCUCUCUGUCCUUACCACACGCAGCCCUAAUGUCAGCACCAGUCAGAACCACUCUGCUGGGAGUCUUAUCUCAGAUACCUCAGACCGCACCAUGCUGGGCUUGACCUCUGACCCAGAGACAAUCAGUGGAGAAAAGAGUGGGGACAAGAAAAGAGCAGCACCAGGUUUGUCACCAUCGGAGAAUCAGCAUGAUGCUACAACUUUGGGAAACCGGGACACACAGGUCGCAGAAGGUCACAUGACUCCUGAGCAGUUUAUUCCCAGCCCUGCCAUUGGCCAGGUGGUUGACCCUCCAGGUAACCAGGAUGUUCCCAGGAGUUCUGGUACCCCCGGUUUGCCAAGUUCUCCCUCCCUGCCUCUUCAGGGUCAGAAGUACCUCCAGGCAUCAGCUGCUGCAGGCAGCCCCAGUCCAGUUUCUGGCCCAGGCCCAUCCCAGGCUCAGGUUUCCAGCCCAGCAGUCAUCAAACCAGGCCCUGACAAGCUCAUCGUGGUCAAUCAGCAGUUCCAGCCUCUCUACGUUCUUCAGACCGUACCUAAUGGUGUGACCCAAAAAAUAAGUGCCACAGGAGUGAUGGACACUAGCUCUCCAGCAGUGCUGAGCUCUAUGACACUCACCACAGGGUUGAAUACCGGUUUAUCCACAGCCCAGCCAAUAUUUUCUGCUGGUGGCAAAGUCCUGGGCACCAUGCCUCACCCCUCUCAGAUUCACACCUUUACAGGAGCCACACAGACAGGUUUCCAGACGGGAAUCCCCAGCACCACCUCAGGGCUUCUCAUUGGGUUGCCUUCUCAACCCCACGACCAGUCCCAGAUUCUGGUCACAGAGGCUGGUCGACCGCACGAGUUGGGUCCCAGUGUUGCCAUAGUGUCCAGUCCCUCCUCCCUCACUUCUUCCCCGACUGUACUCGCCUCUGCUCACGGCAAGAAGAGGCCCAUCUCUCGUCUUCAGCCAAGAAAAAGUAAAAAGUUGGCCCGCUCGCGUAGCCAGCCUACUCUGGCUCCGUCUGAAGUGGGCCCUCCCAACAUGACCCUCAUCAACCUGUCUUCCCCUCAGAUUACUGCUAGCAUUUCCGGCCAACCUGGUAGUCUGGUUGAAUUAAGCACCCUCUCCACUUCUCAGCGCAAGGUCCCAAAUAUUAUCAAGAGACCAAAAUCAGGUGGGGUUAUGUACUUGGAUCCCACUGCUCUCCUUCACCAAAGGAUUCCUGGUCCUGCCCAGCCUGGUAUCCUGGGUCACGAUUCCUCCACUCAUCUUAUACCUUGCACAGUCUCUAGUCUCAACCCCAGUCAGUCAUUAUUGAAUGUUGUGUCUGUGCCCCCUAGUGGUGCUACUGGCCUUCUUGCACCAGGAUCAGUCUCCCUCUCUACCCCUGUCCUCAGCUCUGCUGAGAUCACAGGGCCGCUUAGCAACCUCCUGUUUAAAGCAAGUCCACAUGGCUUGGGCCUGUCAGAUCAGCCAAUGGUCCUUCAAUCAGCAGGAGGUGCUCCUCUGAUGUCACAGCUCAGCUCCUCUGUGCAGACAUCCAUAGCCAGCAGCAUUUGCGUCCUGCCCUCCCAACAGACCAUCAGCAUGGCUGUCAACCAGCAAGGAGAGACAGAAGGCAGUAAUAUCCACUUACAGCAUCAGUCACGGCCUGUAACCAGAGUCCAGACUGUGGACUCCAGUCCAAACACCACUGUUACUUUAGCCCACGGCCCAGCAACCCCUCUAAGCCCCGCCAAGGGACGUGUUGUUGGCUUGUUCACUCAAACCUCUGCACACUCCCAGAGCAGUAGAACAACUCCCAUUUCCAGAUCAUCAGAACAGAGACCACCAAACUCCACCACAGCAGUUGCAGUUUCAGGAGCAGAAAAGGGCAAACAGAAAACAAAGAGGAGCAGGCAGAGUCUAGACACAACCAGCGGGAAGAAACUCAAGGCCUCUCAGGCAGAGGAGCACCACAGCAACCCUGCAGGACGACUUCACUCAAAUCCAAGCAGUUCCAAAGAGCUGAGCUCCCCUGAACCCAUGGACACGGGCAAGCCCACAGACAAGACAACCAACAAGAGUGUGCUUGGUAAAAAGAAGGCAUCUGAAGGUCCUGUUUUACCGGGGAAAGUAGUGGGGAAAGACAAACCAUCUUCCACUGGGGGAGCAGGGUCUCUUCCUGUGGCUUCACCACCUGACCAGGACGGCAACAGCAGGGAUACUGGCUUGGAUAGCAAACCCAAGAAGGGCAUCAUCUUUGAAAUCUGCAGUGAGGAUGGUUUCCACAUCCGCUGUGAGAGUAUCGAAGAGGCUUGGAAAUCCCUGACUGAUAAGGUGCAGGAAGCUCGCUCCAAUGCACGACUCAAAGAGCUCUCUUUUGAAGGUGUGAAUGGAUUGAGGAUGCUGGGAGUCGUCCACGAGGCAGUGGUCUUCCUACUGGAGCAGCUUUAUGGCUCCAGACACUGUCGGAGCUACCAUUUCCGCUUCCACAAACCAGAGGAAACCGAUGAACCUCCCAUCAACCCCCACGGAUCGGCUCGUGCAGAGAUCCACCACAGGAGGUCUGUAUUUGACAUGUUCAAUUUCUUGGCCUCAAAACACCGGCAGCCUCCUGAGUACAGGCCACAAGAAGACGAUGAUGACGAAGGGCAGCUCAGGACUGCCAGGCGUGCCUCCAUGGAGCUACCACUGGCUGUGAGAUUCAAACAGCUCAAGGCCACCUCUAAGGAAACUGUUGGAGUCUACAGGUCUCCCAUUCAUGGCCGAGGUCUGUUCUGCAAGAAAACCAUUGAUGCCGGGGAGAUGGUCAUUGAAUACUCUGGAAAUGUCAUUCGGUCUGUGCUCACUGACAAACGGGAGAAAUAUUAUGAUGGAAAGGGGAUUGGCUGUUACAUGUUUCGCAUCGAUGAUUACGAGGUGGUAGACGCCACGGUUCAUGGCAACGCUGCCCGCUUCAUCAACCACUCCUGUGAGCCCAACUGCUACUCUCGGGUCAUCACCGUGGACGGUCAGAAGCACAUCGUCAUCUUUGCCUCUCGGCGCAUCUACUGUGGAGAGGAGCUCACCUAUGAUUACAAGUUCCCUAUUGAGGAUGCCAGCAACAAGCUGCCCUGCAACUGCGGUGCAAAGAAGUGUCGCAAGUUCCUUAACUGAUAUCUGUAUUGAAACAAUUUAAUGAGGACUGACUGCAAGUCUGUUUAGCAGCAGUGCCACAAUGUUCUGAGGAAGCCCAUGUUGGGGGUUUGCCGUGGCACUGGCUUUAUGCUGAUUUCCUGGGUCCGGUCCGCGUAGGACCAAAGCUGCCAACAGGGCACGAGCUCUGUCAGUGUUUCUGCUGCUGGUGUUGGCAGAACACAGCAGAGACAGCAGUUGUGGGUCGUACUGUAUAUACAGGAAGGGCCAUUUUGGAGGAGGGGCCAUUUGUAGAAAUUCUAACAUAUUGUGCCUCCUUUUGUCUCAUUUACAUUUGGCAUGGGAAGUUUCACCUUCAGAGGUGAGUUAUGAAACGGUUUGAGCCUUCACAACAUUGCAAUAUUAAUUUUAAUUUACAUUUGGAUGGCUAAGUUACCCCUUCAUAAUUUUUUACAUUGGCCCAUCCUCCUUAAUUUUCUAGAAAUAUGUUAUGGUCCACUAAUGCUGAGAUGUGAACAUGGAAGAACAAAAAAAAAGAACUUGGUUCCAUUUUACACCAAAGUGCAAUUUGUUGAAGGGACUUGGAAGAGUAAUUUUAUUAGAAAGAAAAAUUAGAACCUUGUUGUUAUUUCUUUUUGUUUUUUUUAUCUCAGUGUCAGCUGUUGUUGAUGCACAUCUAACUGUCUGAAUGUGCCCUGAUGCCUUCAGAGCCGUUGUGAUUUAGUGGAACCUUCCCCUAACUGGGCUUUUUGAAAAGCACUGUAAAGGAGCUGCUGGUGUAUGGCAGCCUGAUAAGAGCUGUACAGGUGGAAACACUAGGGGGAGCAGUGGCCACAGACAGGAAGAGAGAAUAAAAGAGACAAGGGAGGUAGAUUUGUUAAAAAAAAAAAAAACCAAAAGGUUAUUUUUGGCCGUUAAUGUAAAUGGUGAUAUCUGAGGUUGAUACCAUCCGUUGUACUUAAAUUGACUUUUAGUCUGACAGCUUGGUAGCUAUGUAGACAUGUUAUUGAUGGGAUUAAGCCUCUGGCCUGAGACAGCAAGGCAGCUAGAGAUUCUGGUGGACUGACAGCCAAGGGACUGGAGAACCCUCCUCAUGUGCUUUAGUAGACAUAUUUAUAAUAGAUUUUUGGAGCUGUGAUCCAGAAACAGCCUUGGAUCUUACAGAAGCAUACAGACAGAUGUGUUGCAAGUUUGUGCAUGCUGUUGUUAUUAUCAAAGUUGUUGUUGGUAAUUAUAUAAGCUCAGACUUUUGAAUCACUUUCCAAAUUACAGCAGCAAAGAGAACCAAACAUUAUGCCCUUGAAUUGAAUUUUCACACAGCUUGUUUUCUUCUUGGCCUGUUGUGAUAACCAUUACUAUGGAAAAUGUUUUUUAUUUGUAUUAAGUCUUUUAAAGUCUGUUAUCUGUCUUUUUAUUAUGGACAGGGAAAUAUCAUGCUUGCUUUUGAAAAACAAAUGUAAAUAAUGUAUAUUUUUCUACAAAAAGACUUAAAAAGCACUCACUAGUGAAUAGCACUUAAUGAUGGUAUUUAUAUUUUUAAAAAAAUCGUAUUUAUUUUAUUGCCAUUUUUGUAGGAAAUAGAGGUUUACAAACACUAAUGCUUGGCUUCUAUGUUUUGUAUUCCGCUGCCUUUUCAGAGUUGUUUUUUGUUGUAAUUUUGUUUUUUAAUUUGUAGCCUGAAUGUUUUCUUUGAUUCCAAAGACUGACACUGGUCUGUGGCUUGGUCCCCUUUAGUUCAGUCCACCAGUAGCUCUUUUAUUUAUCAUGGGCCGUUGGGUCAGAGCUGGCGUUUUUUUCAUUGUUCCAGUUCUAGCUGGCAGUAUGGCAGUCAUGUGAACUAUUAUUAUGCACUUGAGAGAGUUAAGAUUGUUGAUCCAUUAGAGAUACCUCCUCUCUCCCGCCUUAUUGUCUCCAUACCACAUCACACGAGAAUCCAGUCCACUUACAUGCUGCUACCAGGCAGUCACAUCAAAAAAUGUUCAUUUUUUUUCUUGUCACUAAUCAAUCAUGAGUUGAAAGGCUUACAGCCAAUUGGCAAUUGGCACUAACUGAUGGCACUCUAAGAAGAGUCCCAUCAGUUUAAAGUGUUUUGUCCCUCUGCAGACUUCGUUUAUAAUAGAGGUGCCUUUAUUUUAAUGCUACCAACAGCAUUCAUCAUACCUCCCUUGAGCCAAUCCGUUUAUUAAAAAAAACAAUUCAUCCUGGUGACCACACACUCAGCAUUUGAAAAUCACUUUUUAUUCCUUCAUUCAGCCUCCUCAUGGUUUGCCUUAGUUGCAAAUGAGCAUGCCUCUUCUCUCUGACAAGCCUUUGUGUGCUGGACCGAAUAUUUAAUUUGACUGUUUAAACUGACUUUUGUUUUUGUCCCUUUUAAUUAAUUUAUUGUUGUGCGCCGUUCAUGCUGACUUUGUUAUCACCUAAAGGCUGUUAGCAUUUACUCCCACACUGCUCCUUGUUGUUGUGAACUGACACAAAAAUAUGACCCACACGUGGUUUGCACUUUAGCUGUGACACAGGCACUGAAUAGACAUAGGAAAACUCAGCUCCAGACAGAUAAUGCAACUCCAGUGCUGAAACCACAAGCACAGAUAGUCACUGAGAAUACUUUGUGCAUCUGAUAUAAAAACUGAGUUUGGCCAACUUGCAUUGGUCUUGAUGGCUCUUGAAAGUGGCAUUUGAGGCUCUAGCAAAGUGCACUUGACUCUUUUUCUGCAACAAAGUGAAGGCAGGGACCACUCCAGCAGCCCUUUCCUUCCUGAAGGUGCAGUGUGUACAAACCUUGGCUGUGCUUUUCCAUUUAGGAGCCCGAGAUCAGUCUUGAGGCCCCCCUAACUCUGACUGACAUGCCAGCCUCGCGUUGUACAGCUGCACCUACACUGGGCUCGCUGGGUUCAGCUGCUAAGGUCAACAAUGAAUGUAUAUUCCUGCUCCACAUAGCCAGACUUGUGAUGAUGUUGAUACUUUGUCAGCUACAUUUGUUUUCAGUUCUUGUCUCAACAACCGUGGUAGACAUGGACGAUGUGUAGAUAUGACCUCAAACCGGACAGCAGCAGCAGUUUUGUUUCAGCACUGGGAAUAAUACUGAAGUGUGAACAGCAGUGGCAUUUCUGUCUGUAGGACAACAGGUUCUUACUGGGGUAGCUCAACACUUCGCGCUAGCAUUGGUGAUAACAUGUUUACUGAUGCCAAGGGCUCUGUCGACGACUCUCACUUCUUGAGAUCCAAAUUUUCAGGGUCAGAGGGUUCAGUGAACAAUAACUGAUUUAUCUCACUGUUUAACAUCAUAUAUACAAUAAGGAAAUGGUCUCUGUUGUUUCUUUGGACUUCAUUUUACCACGCCACACCAGUGGCCCUUCUCCGUCAUUAUCUGUAAUUAUAGUAUAAAUACAUAACAAUAUUAUACGGAAACAUGCAUAGUAAUUUCUUGUACUUUAGUAUCUAUACAAUAUAUGGAAUGGACAGACAAACUUAGUUACAGUAGCAAAACAGCAGAUUUAUAAUGGUUAAUAGCAAUGUUUCAAUGUACUCUAUAAUGGUUUUGUGUUACAGUACUAUCAGAUGAAACUAACGUGCAUCAUUCUUUUGUAUAUUGAUAUCCAGUACCAAUUUUGCUGUGCCUGUGAGUGUUCCUUCGUCAGCAAGGAGCAUUGCAGUUUUUCUUUUUAUUUUCUUUCUGGAAAGGAACGGUUUUUAUGUGAUGAGAAAUGUAACUGUAUUAAUGUGGUUGUGAACUUCUUGAGGUCAGCCAUUUUGUUUUUUCCCCCUGGUUGUUGUAGUGAAUGUUUUUCUGUUUUUUCUUUGUACGUUUUAACAGGGACUUUUUAGACGGCUCACUUGAUGUGGUAUAAAUUAAGAGUUUGGUUUGUGGAGACUGACCAGAAGUUUUAAAGAUCCCACCAAUAUGGCGUUUUUCAUUUUUGGAAACCUCUCAUGUCUCCCUGACCACCUCUCUCUCUCCUCCGAAGCUUUUGGUUGUACUUAUCAUGUACUGUUUGUUUUUUUUUAGAGAAAGUCAUAAUGCUGAGAUAAUGCUGAUGUUGAAAACAUUUAAUUUAUUUAUUUUGUGCAACAUCCACCCUGAAUUGUUUAUUUACAAGUCAAGGUUUGGGAGAGGCCGGACAAGUUCGUAACAUGUAUUUGUAAUUUUCUAAUUGUUUCUUGUGUAUAGAAGUUAUCAGCCUAGGAUGGGAUGUGGUGUCACAGAGGGAGCGGAUGGUAAGACGAGCAAAAAGAGGGAUCAUGGAUCAUGAACAGGCUUGUUUCUUAUGCCUUGAAUAUACCUUUGUCUUAUCAAUACUCCUCCUGCUCUCUGUAAUAACGGUAUUCAUGAGUUCAACAGUCAUAUUUCAAACUCCCGUUUUAAUAGUGUUCUUUCAAUACACAUCAACGAAAUGAAGGAAAACCACCACGGUGAAAAUGAACCACAAACUACUUGUUUGAAUGUAUAAUUAGGAAACAAAGUUGUACAUAAGUGUAAAAAGAAAAGUUUCUAAUCAUGUUUAUUUUCUAUGCACUUUUUUAUUUAAGUGAUAGUUUAAAUAAUAAACAUGUCUCCUGUACUCUU